GCAGGGGAGUGUGAUGGGGGAGAGAGAGGGGCUGCAGCAAGUGAAGGGGAUUCUGCUACAGCUGCUACAGACGCCCACUCAAGCAGCCCCUCCUGCAGGGUCCAUAUUUGGCUUGCACCAGCCGCAGCAGCAGCAACAGCAGCAGCAGCAGGUGGAGGCACAGAAGGAAGCUGCGCGGAACCUUCUGGCAGCCAUAGCGGACUACGAGCAUCUUAGGGACGUCCUUAGAGGGCACUGGGCCAAGGGGCUGCUGCUGCCUCGUGGCAGUGUGCCAUUGCAGUACAGCACUCAGCGGAUCAAAG